GUGUGUAUAAAUGGAGGCCAGUGGGCAUGGACAGUCCCACAGUUUGCACUGUGCUUGAUCAUCAACACCCGGAGAGCCUGCAGCCAUGGCGUUUAACGGCACCUGGAAGGUCGACCGCAGCGAGAACUAUGACAAGUUCAUGGAGCAGAUGGGUGUCAACAUUAUGAAACGCAAGCUGGCUGAACACGACAACCUGAAGGUCACCAUCGAGCAGACCGGGGACAAGUUCCACAUCAAGGAGUCCAGCACUUUCCGCACCAAAGACAUCGACUUCACCCUGGGCGUCCAGUUCGAUUACAGCCUGGCCGACGGCACCGAAGUCUCAGGUGCAUGGGAGAUGGAGGGUGACAUGCUGAAAGGCAAGUUCACCAGGAAAGACAACAGCAAGGUUCUGACCACCACGAGAACUCUGGUGGGAGAAGAGCUUGUGCAGACCUACAACUACGAAGGGGUGGACGCCAAGAGGAUUUUCAAGAAGCAGUAACCUGGAUCGUGGAGUUUAUAUUUUGAUUUUUUUAUAUAGAUGACACAAUGUUUUUUUUUUUUUUUCUAACAAUAGGACAUUGAAAAGUGCAUUCAAAAGAUAUUUUAUUACACGUACCUCAUAAGAAUGAUCGUAAUGAUGCUGUGCUGCAACUGAUUCUGUGAGACGAUGCUGGGAGGAGAGCGGGAAACCGUGACGUGGCCAGACAUUAGCCCACCAUCAUCCGGCUCCCAGGGCCCAGACAGGUCACCUGAAAAAGUUUUCUGUCAGUGUAAAGCAAGAGAGAAGAACUCACCGAACCGCAACUACCCUUUUUAUGUCCUUAAGGGAGCUAAAGAUGAAUUAUAUGGAGCUGAGUAAGCAAAUGGAUGAAAUAAGAGCAGAAAGCCAGCGAGAGUCAAGACAGCAUUACAGAAAUGUCCAAAGACUCGGUUAAUGGUCGGUUAAUUUGAACUGCAUUAAUCAUACUCUCUUCUCUUCUCUUUGGUUUUUAUCUACCCAUUAAAGCAGCUUUUAUUGUGUCUGAA